GUUUUUAAUCGCAGGUUGUUAUUAUUAUUAUUUUUAAAUUACUUUGCUGUAGCAUUCCUUUUUGGUUUUUAUAUAUCUAUACAUGGAGUAUUUGUGAUGAUGACUAUUUGAAUUGUGAAAAUGCUUUUUCCCAUCUUUGGCAAACUACAAUAGGCUAACUCAGCCCAGGUGUCAUGAUCCCUCUUGGGCUUGAGAAGUCCUUUUUUCCACUCUGUAGAAGAUAAGCCUCCCAAUGAGGCAAAGUCCAGCUGGCAGGAGUGUGUCUCGAUGAGGCCUUGAUAAGAAGCAGGGCACGUCCAAUCAGCAAUGACAGCUCGGGGCCAUAAAGCGCACAGUCAAAUCAAGGAUGCUCCGCACGUCAACUUCCGCUUUUUCCAGAAGAGACGUCGAGAGAGAGCUUCUCGCCAACACGGAUCUCAAAAAGAUGGAGUGAGUGGAGAAGAGGGGGGGGCUCUUUUGUGAGGUGACCGCCGUUUGCCGGAGCAGCCAUGAUCCACGUGGACCUUCGCGCUGUGACCCAGCCGCUGGGCAUCCUGCGCUUGAUGGCCAGCGUCCUCACGUGUAUGGCUUUCAGUCUGGUGGCAUCGGUGGGCCACGUCGCCUCUCCUUACUGGGCCUGGUGCAUGUUCACCUGGUGCUUCUGCUUCUUCUUCACCUUCCUCAUCGUUAUCCUGGAGUUGACCAGCUUCAGCGGCAAGUUGCCUUUCGCCUGGGAUGACUUCACCACCGCCUUCGCCGUGCUGGCCGGCAUCAUGUGCUUGGCCGCCUCCGUCAUCUACCCGACCUUUUUCACCUGCCACGUAUGCUACAGACAGAUGGGCGCUUCCGUGGUGUCCUGGGUGUGUUUCGGGGUCUACGUGGCCGAGGUGACUCUCAACCGCCUUCGGCCCGGCGGCCAGAUCCGUGGCUUCCUCUCCACGGCGCCGGGCAUGAUGAAGAUGCUGGAGACUUUCCUGGCCUGUCUCAUCUUCACGUCUCUGGAGGAACGUCAGUACAGCGGCAGUCCUGCGCUGCAGUGGUGCGUGGCGGCGUACUCCUUGAGCUUCAUCUUGGCCGUGCUCAUCAUCCUUCUGAGUGCGGCGCAGCUGACCUCCUUAUUUGCCUUUUUCGACAAGCUAGUGAUCGCCUACGACAUUUUAGCGUGCGCCAUGUACGCGACGGCCGCGGUGCUCUGGCCGCUUUUUAGUUUCCGCGACAACGGGAGACCGCCCGACUGCGGCUACCUGUGCUCGUGGGAUAAACUGGUGAUGGUCAGCGUCAUGACAAUUCUCAACUUGUGUGUUUACAUCCUGGAUUCCGUCUACUCGGUACGGCUCGUGCUGUGCGGCAGCACGGAGUGAAGCGAA